UAAUUAUAAAUUAAUCUGCGCCAUCUACACGAUAAUUGUGAAAGUAUCCGAAGUAAGAAAUUCAUAUUUUAUCAAUAGAACGUCAAAAUGAUUAGUAAAAUCUUAAAAAAAUCGAUUACAAUUUAAUUACUUUUUUGCGUUGUAAAUAUUAAGCGAUAACAAUUAAAUAAUAAAUUUAAAAAUUACCGGUGAAAGUUGAAUUAGUAAUCCGCCAGGAGCGACACCAGCGAAGCUCAGAGCGUAUAGUGUUCCAUUUCCUGAUAAAAACCAACGAACUGUCAACACUGAUGGAAUCGACAUAAAACGAAGUUAAUGGCGCCAGGACGAGAUAGAAGAUAAUCAGGUAAAGGAGGGAAGAUAAUCGGACAGUGCUAGUCAGGUACCUUGUAGUUGUAGCAAAUUUUACCUGAAAAUUCUCUGUCUCUCUAGAAGUGCUAGAACCUCUCUCUUGUAUGUUGGCGCCUAUCUUCGCUUCACUGUUGGAAUGGGACGGGGCCAUUCCAUCAGUGUUGACAGUUCAUUGAUAAAAACUCAUUUUUCUCGAUUGUGUAUUUUUGUCACUUGGCCCUUGGCCAGUCUCACGUUUCCACUCUUCAUAUGUUUGCCACCCGACUCCCAGCUGUCAGAUUUCAGAUUGAUUUAAUUUUGACAGUAUGGUGGAAUGCCCUAUAGUGCCAUAACCUAAAAAUCUCAAAUUAACGUCAUUCCAGGAUUGUAAACAAAAAUAUUUCUCUUUUCGAGUUUCAGUUUCAAAUCGAAUUUGAUUUUUAACUCACAAGCACAAUGACUACAUCCGUAGCAUUGUUUCAGUGCAGAUUAUGUUUAAAUAGAACUCCAAGCAGAGUUAACAUAUUUGGUGGAGAUUUUCCCCGAAUGAUAGAGGUAUUAACAUCCAUAAAGGUACACGAAGAGGAUGGCUUACCAAAAUAUAGUUGUACAAAAUGUGCAAAAGAAGUUCAGCUGGCUUUGAUGGUUAAGAAGCGUAUUAUAAAGGCACAUCAACUGCUAUUAGAAGCUCUAAGAAAGAAAAGAGCAAUAGUUCAAAGGAUAGCGACAACCUCUAUUGUUAAUAAAGUCCAAUCUUCAGUACCAAAAAAGACAAAUACCACUAAACAAAAGGUUGUUUCUAAAAAGACUAAUCCAAUAAUAAAUCAAAAUCGAACCCAAUCCAAGUCAAAAUUAUUUGAUAACUCAAAUGAAGCAACAACAGAUGAAGAUGCAAAUGAUAACUCAAAUGAAGCAACAACAAAUGAAGAUGCAAAUGAAGGAAGUGUAAAACAUGAUAUAAAAAUUGAAGUAGUAGAAAAAACAAAUCAACCAAACACUAUUAAAGAAGAAAAGGGAUUACUAGAACAAGAUGUGAAUGAGAUACUUGAUGCAGCCCAGAAACAUAUUAAGAGUACUGUCUCUACUUGUAAAAUAUGUAAUUUAACUUUUUCAGACAAACCGGCGUACUAUCUGCACAACUUAAAACACAUAAAAGGCAAAUGUCAUAUAUGCGGCCGAGUCAUGAGAAGAGACAACUUAAAGAAACACAUCAUGAUGCAUACAGCAGGUCCAUCAGUCUGUUCUACUUGUGGAGCAACGUGCAAAAAUAUAGAAAGUUUAAGAGGUCAUAUCUUUAAUUACCAUAAGCAUACUGCUCAACAGUACGUUUGUGAAGAAUGUGGUAGAAGUUUUCGAAGGAAACAUAUUUUCUUGUUGCAUAAGAAAAAGGUUCAUGGGGGUGUAAGGAACUUCAAAUGCAGUACUUGUGGGAAAACUUUCUUUACCAAUACCGAUUUAUUAAAGCAUAUUCGAAUGACCCACGAAAAACUGAGACCUCAUGUUUGUGAAUAUUGUGGUUCGGGCUUUUCGUCUAAGUAUGCUUUAAAAACUCAUACAAGACAACAUACCGAUGAAAAACCGUUCGUUUGUCAGCACUGUUUCGAAGGGUUUAGACAGCGGGUUUCAUUACGGUCCCAUUUGAAAUCAAGACAUGGAAUAGAGGAAGCCAAGGAAUUCGUUUGUAAAAUAUGUGAGAAAGGUUUCGCUACAGAUUACGCUUUGAAUAUACAUCAAAGGUUACACCAAACUAAGAAGUGUGAAAUUUGCUCAGAAAAUUUUGGUGGAGAUGAAUAUUUGACAAACCAUCUUAGAGAAGUCCAUCAAGUAGAAGUAGAAAUGAGACAAGAUAGUUAAAAAUUAUUUUUGGUUUGUUAUGUGUCCAGUAUCUUUUGAAUUUUCCAUGUCCUUGUAUUAUCCAUAUGUGCCUUAUCUAUACGAGGUUGACAUAAGUAAUGAAAUGUUUACAACAAUAGUAUAUUGUGCAACAAGUGCAGAAAGGUACUAAUUUCUCACGAGUUUGAAAAGCAAACGAGUGAGAAAUUACCUUUCUGCACGUGUUGCACACUAUACUUUUUCUACAACCACAGUUUUUGCUAAAAAUAAAAAUCAAAAUUUUCA